GGCCUACUGAAUAAGAUCUGCCUGGAACAGAGCGGCCCGAUGGUGAACACUCAAGUGAAAGGGGGCGGAGGAGGAGGCGGCGGGGCUACAUAUGUGUUCAAGGUGGACAAAGGAGUGUAUAUUCCUCUCAUCAUCGCUGCUGGGGGAGGUGGCCGGGGGUACAGCAGCCAAUCAGAGACCCAGCUGGAGCAGAUGGACUAUGACCCCAGCCAACCGGGACGCAAUGGGAAAUCAAGCGCUGCAGGUGGAGGCGGAGGUUGGAAUGACAGUGCUUCUGUCAGUCAAGGUGGCAGACCGCUGGUGUUGGGAGGCCAGGGAGGGCAGGCCUGUCAAAAGUUCUGGCAGACCCACGGUGGCUUCGGGGGCGGCGGGGGUGGCUGUCUGUCCGGGGGCGGAGGCGGAGGAUACAGAGGUGGUAACACCUCCACAGAUGACAACCCCAAACAUGAUGGUGACGAUGGCACGUCCUUCCUCAGUCCAGAGGGAGAGCCCUUCCUCUAUCCUCUGAAAGCUAUGGAGGGGGAUGGUGAGGUGAUCAUCAGUCCGGUGCAGAACUGCAGCCAUUGUGAGAGCGGCGAAUGCCUUGAGAUAAAGGGCAGUAUCUGCUACUGUGAGGAUGACCUCAUCCUGGCUCCAGACGGGGUGUCCUGCAUCAACGCUACAGUGGUGUCCCUGCUGCCUGCCCAGCCGCCUCUCUCCCACCUGGCGCUGGGUCUGUCUGUGGGCACAUCGGCCCUCAUCGCCGCCCUGCUGCUGGCUGUGUCCGGAGUCAUGAUAAUGUACAGGCGUAAACACACAGAGCUGCAGUCUAUUCAGCUGGAGCUGCAGAGUCCAGACUGCAAGCUCAGUAAGCUGCGGGCCUCCACCAUCAUGACCGACUACAACCCCAACUACUGCUUCGCCGGCAAAACUGCAUCGGUCAACGACCUGAAGGAAGUACCGCGACGUAAUAUCUCUCUCACCAGGGGCCUGGGUCACGGUGCUUUUGGUGAAGUCUAUGAAGGGCUGGCAGUGGGGAUACCAGGUGAACAGAGUCCACUGCAAGUUGCAGUCAAGACCCUUCCUGAGGUGUGCUCUGAGCAGGAUGAACUGGACUUCCUCAUGGAGGCUUUAAUCAUCAGUAAGUUCAGCCACCAGAACAUUGUGCGUUGUAUAGGUGUCAGUCUGCAGGCCAUGCCCAGGUUCAUCCUGCUGGAGCUGAUGACUGGAGGAGACCUCAAGACCUUCCUGAGGGAGACCAGACCCCGGCUGGAGCAGCCAUCCAGCCUGACCAUGGUAGACCUUCUCAACGUGGCCAGAGAUAUUGCUAAGGGCUGCCAGUAUCUGGAGGAGAACCAGUUUAUACACAGGGACAUCGCUGCUCGGAAUUGCCUACUGACCUGCAAAGGACCGGGCCGUGUGGCCAAGAUUGGAGAUUUUGGGAUGGCUCGAGACAUUUACAGGGCAAGCUAUUACAGGAAGGGUGGGCGUGCCAUGCUGCCUGUGAAGUGGAUGCCACCUGAAGCCUUCAUGGAGGGCAUCUUCACAUCUAAAACGGACACGUGGUCAUUUGGGGUUCUGCUGUGGGAGAUCUUCUCAUUGGGCUACAUGCCAUAUCCAAGUCGCAGCAACCAGGAAGUGUUGGAGUUUGUAACCAAUGGCGGAAGAAUGGACCCACCUAAAAAUUGCCCUGGGCCAGUGUACCGUAUUAUGACUCAGAGUUGGCAGCAUCAGCCUGAAGACAGGCCCAACUUCUCAACUAUCCUGGAGAGAAUUGACUACUGCUUACAGGACCCUGAUGUGGUGACCAUGACCCUGCCUGUAGAGUAUGGACCCGUCCCUGAAGAGGAGGAGCGUGUACCCAUGCGCCCUGACGACUCCUCAGCUCCAACUGUGCUGGUGAAUGCCCAGGUGCCUGAUGGGGAGGCUCCACAGCCGCCCCCAUCUUAUCCUACAGAAGAGACCAGGAGAGGUGGGGAGCACACUGUGGUGACUAGCGUAGCAUCGGAGGCCAAAGCCCAGACGUCGGCCCAGGCCCUGCCAUACCUCCACCAGCAGCCUAACACGCAGACCUCCAUCACCAUGACUACCACAAACACAGUCACCUCCACGGCCACCUCUGCACUCACUGCCAAGGGACCUCAUGUCACCACCCAGCCCAGCCCUGAGGGGGGCCACAUCAACCUGGCAUUCACCCAGGGCUACCCGGCAGAGAAGGAAGGCCACAACGGGAAGAACACCAGUCUCUGGAACCCAACAUACGGCUCGUGGUUCCUGCAGCAGAGGAAGCAGCAGCAGCAGAGGCAGGGAGGGGUGGGGGGAGCAGGAGGGAGCAGCGGCAGGGUGCCUGGCGAGGGGCAGGAGCAUGUGGGCCGGACUGUGGCUGAGGUGGCAGGGGCGCUGGGUCUGCAGCACCAGCACCAGCAGUUCCAGCAUCAGCUCCAGCAGCAGCACCAACUCCAGCUGCUGCACCAGCAGCAACAGCAGGGUCUCUGCAGACCUCUGUUACCCCCGCCGCCACCUCCUGCCGCCCAGUCACCCCUGCUCUUAGAUUCGGCUGCCUUGCCCCCGGUUCCCCUCUACAGACUGAGAAGAUUCCCCUGUGGGAACAUCGGUUACGGCUACCAGGAGCAAAGCAUGCCGCUAGAGGCCGCCCGCGGUAACCCCAACCCCGCUCCUCCACCCCCUCCACUCCAGCAGGGCACUUCCAUGCCCUCCUCAACAGCCCAUCAGAGGGGCGCCCCCAUUCCCACCUCAGUGUCCCUGGGUCGGUCGGGUAUAUCUGAGGACAGCCGUCCCCUGCUUGUCACCAUGGGGACAGUACAGGACCCCAGGCUGCCCAGGAUGGAGGGCCACAACGCCACUGUGCUUUAGCCCUAAUGCCUGAAUUGCUGGUCCUUUUUUUUUUUUUUUUAGGACCACGUCUUUGGAUACUGUGUGUUCAGGACACAUAGCACGAGACACUGUGUCAGGACAGAGACAGUUUUCCACCGCCCCAACUCUAACACCAUUUUGGAUUAUUUCCCAGUCUGGAAAGAACCCAUCUCGCUGAAACACAGCUGGAUGAGUCUGUCAGGCUUUUCCCAUGAGAACCCUGGAGGUGUUUAAAAUCCCCAAUGGAUGCUAAAGCACAUCAGAGAACUAAAAACGCUUUGGGAGGCAAAAUGUAGAGUAAAGGCUAGUUUUAAGAGUUUAAAAAAAUUUAUUUUUUCAACGCUAGAGGGGCCAUAGCUGAGUGAGAAUACUACUGAGAAAGAGUUUCUGGCACAGGAAGCCAUGGGGGCAACUUUCCAUCUGGAGCGAACACAUAUGCCAUGUGAUCAUUGAUAGCUGAGGAUGUCUUUGUCUAUGAGAAGGGACUAGUAGGCGGAUUCAAAUCUCUAUUUGCCAGGCCUGAGACUUUUAGUCACAAACUCUAGUGACUAGUUUGACUGCAGCAACUGUGAAGUUGUCUUCAGCUGCCAGCCACAUGUGUCAGUUCUCCUGCAGAAUCCUCACAAUCGUUCCAUCGUAUCCACAUUCUUUUGGGCAACAUAAAACUGUAUCGGACUGUUUUUCAAGAAUCUCACAGAAUUGGACACUGGAUUACCAGAGACAUUUAUACAAAAAAAUACUGGGAGAAAUGUGUUUGUUGAUGUUUGCUUGCCUGCUUGUUUAUUUAUUUAUUCUUUUGUUUAUUUAUUAUUUAGAAGUGGCUCUAUAAAUUAUUCAUGAUCAUGGUUCUUCAAAUCCAAACAAAUUCAUUUUACACCAACUUAUAUUCACUUUAGCUUCUAGGUUAUUUUUGGAGAGAGAAAGGAGAUAUUGAACAGUCGCAAAAACGUAUCAACUCUAAAUAUGCUGAACGAUUUGUUUGAACACUGAUAUGCCAAAUCACUUUAAGGUGGAGUAGAUGGAUAACUACAGCACUGAGGCAGUUUGGGGAGAUGGUUUGACAAAAGAAUAGAACAGAUUAAAGACAAGCCACCCUCAGCAACAUUUAAGAGUUCAGCUUUUUGCUAUUGCUGAAGAUUUUGUAAUAACUCGUUGCCCUUGGAACUAUUGAAAUCACUGCUCCGCAGUUCUCCUUUUGUUCACUCCAUCCUGUUGAAAGACUGCUUCGAGACAGUGAAGUUGAGGCUUUUCUUUACUUAUGGCUUUUUCGGUAACCUUUUAUUAAUUCAUUUCUUGUGAAAAAAAAAAAAAAAUCUUUUCCUUUUUUGUCUGGAUAUAGAAACAGUGGAUAUUGCUGAAUCAAUCUUAACCUUCAAAUUGCUAUCUUGAAGCACUCUACGUUCCUAAAUUUGCAUAUUUUAUCUUUUCUAUUAUAGGAUGAGUGUUGUUGAAUACAAAUGAGUCUGAGUGAAAAGUUUGAAUGCAAACUGCUUUUGCUCCACAUGUGAAUGAAAACCAGGACCAGUCCGAGUCAUUCUGCUCAUUUUCACACACAUGGUCUUGUCUGUGCUUAAAGUCUGCUUUUUUUUAAGGACAGUUACAUACAGUAUAUCAGUCAGAUAACGCCAUGAGUGUGGCAGUGUUGAUAUUUAGGUGAAUGAUGAAAAUGUGUGUCCGUUUUUAUGCUUUUGCUUGACUGUAUUUGGCAAUCCUGUCAGUCCUUCUGCUGUACAGCAAUGAUGAGCUGUCAUGUACGCGUCAUGACGCUCAGUGACUGAUUAAGACAAAUGUAUUCCUGUAAGGCCAAGUCAAUGAGCAAGUUAAAUAUUGGCCAGUGUUUUGCUUUGUCUCCAGUACCUGUGUUAAAGACAUUCAUUCUGUGUUUCCGUCGCAGCUCAUCUCCAUCGUUUGAUGUAAAAAAAAAAAAAAUUUAAAAAAUUAAAAUAAAGACAAACUGACCUGCACCUGUAAAUGUUGUAAUUAUAAAGUAUUGUACUAUGGCUCUGGUAAAAGCUGUAAAUUGCCCUUCAAAAGACA